AUGACCCGACUAAUACGUUUAGUUCACUUAGUUUGCUUGGCUUUAUUAGCGAACAAUGUGGUACGAGCAGAGUCUACUGUCCAAUCCAAUCCUAUAACCCGCUACUACGAGUUCAAUGUUACGCAACAAUCCAUCAAUCCAGACUGUUCGGACCAUACAUCGCCUGUAUUUCUCAUAAAUCAACAAAUGCCAGGUCCCGCCAUAGUGGCAAAUCAAGGCGACACAUUACAUAUCCGGAUCCGUAACCAGCUAUCCGAAGUACCAACUCACCAUCAUAAUGUGGCUAUUCAUUUCCAUGGAAUUCGCCAAUACGGCAGCUCUGAAGCUGAUGGUGUUCCUUAUUUAACUCAAUUACCCAUUCGUCCCGGAGAAGAAUUCGUGCAUGAAUUUCGUAUAGUCAACCAAGCCGGAACUUUUUUUUACCAUGCACAUGUAGGUUUGCAAGAAGAAACAGUCUUUGGUCCGUUCAUUGUCUAUGAGUCUCAAGAAGCAAAUCCGGAAGUUUUAAUAAAUCCAACAGGCAAAGAAAUAGUGGCGUCAAAUCAUUCCAUUUCCAGAUUUACUCCACCCGUGCUUAGAGGCGGGCCAUUCGAAUAUGAUGACGAGAGGACGCUUAUACUUAGUGAAUGGUGGCAUAGACCUCACCUCGAAUUCGAAAAAUUUAUUAUGGGUCCUAACUUUACUUUUCUACCCGAAGCCGAUAGCAUUUUGAUAAAUGGUCAUACCCUGCACAGCUCAAGACGUGCAACUGUUGCAAAAUGCGGUGGGUACGAAGUUAUACCAGUCCAGCCUAAUAAAACAUACCGUAUCCGUGUUAUUGGAGCCACAACAUUUCGAACACUUGGUUUUGGUAUCGCAAAUCACAAUUUAACUAUCAUUGAAGUCGACGGAGAAAUGAUUAAACCAUAUACUGUCAGUCAGUUAGAGGUUGCUCCCGGACAGCGUUUCUCUGUUUUAUUACAUACAGAUCAAAUGCCUGAAGAUUAUGCUAUUCAAGUGGUUCGUCGAUGGUCUGACAAUGUCGAAAGAGUUACAAAUGGUCUUGCUGUUUUACACUACCCUCAAUUAUUGUCUCGUCUUAGCAAGACUAUUCCAGAAGCAAAUAGUCGAGGAAUAUUACGACUUAAGAAGCCAGUCAUGCUCGAAGCCCCAUCCAUCCGGCCGAAGUUUGAAAAGGCAUCACAAGAAUCUCCGUAUUGGAUUUGGAAUAAUCUUGAGCCGUUUUAUGGCGUGGAUCCAGUCGUGCGCAAACCAGCAAGUAGAACCAUCAAACUUAGAAGUGUUGAGCGUCGCCUUCCUGACGGAACUUCAAGAUUUCAAGUAAAUGGUGUAGCAUACUCUGAAGGUAUGAGUAGUAGCCAGCAGCCUAUUCUGCAUGGUAUCCUCAACAAUACACGAAUGUUACCUGGCAGGUAUGAUACCUCAAAGUCUAACGGAUAUGAUCCCAAUCUCAGAACAUAUCCCCUCAAGCAUUUCGAGAUUGUAGAUAUCGUGAUACAAAAUACUCACAUGGCUUUUGAACCGUGCCGCAGUCAUCCAUGGCAUACACAUGGUCAUUCUCAUUGGGAAAUAGCGAACGGCCAAGGAGAAUACGACGAAGAACGGGAUGGCGAUAUUAGAAAUAUUGAGCACCCAAUCCAAAAAGAUAUCACCAUGAAUUACCCCAACGUCGAUCCUAGCUUAUUCAUGAACAAUGGAACCAAGGUUACAACUCCUGUAGGUUGCGGAUGGUCAAAAAUUCGUAUUGUAGCGGACAAUCCAGGUGUAUGGGCUGUACACUGUCACAAUACCCCACACAUGUUGAUGGGAAUGAUGGUAGCUUUAGAAGAAGCACCUGAAUUAAUCCGUAAAAUACAGUGA